UGUUUGGGUGAACACCUUCCUCUUCUGUCCCUCUAUCUCGCCUAGGAGAGGAGCUGCGCGGGACGCGAACAUGGAAUUGGGACGGCUGUGUGGGCAGGUCUUACAGAGGCACAGUUUUGUCCCCCUUGCCUGUCACUGUAUCCGGUCAACUUCUUGGAAACCAUCACCUGUUGCCUUUAUUUGCUCUCUUCAGUAUGUGGCCUGCAGAUUGACUGGUUCCAGUUCUCCUGAACAAAAUGAAGCACGCUUGCCUCCAUGUAGCUCUAAAACAGACAGCAAUGAAGGUGCUCAGCAGCUUCUGGAGACUCUCACUACUUCCCUUGUAGAGCAGGAGGGGCCAGCUGGUGUGGACCACUUGAAGCUAGGAAAGGUAGCAAAUUCAUUCUUGGACAUGGGGCUCAGCCCUGCUCAAAUAAUGCACUUGUUCAGUUUACAGCCCAAACUGCCACUUCAGUCCAGGUUGGCUGUAGUUUCAGAGCUCCUCCUCUUGGGUUUAAGUCCGGACACCACACUGAAGGCCCUACAGAAGAGCCCUGAACUGCUGAGAAUGUCAGUAAAGCAUCUGAGGGACCGUACAGCUCUUCUGAGAAGAUUCAGCUUUGAAGAAGUGGGACUGAACCAUGUGGCAAUACAUUUUCCAAGUAUCUUCACUUUGCCACAAAAGAAAAUUGAAGGCGUAGAGCGUCUCCUCAGGGAAAAAUGCCUUUUCACAGUGCAGCAGGUAUCGAAAAUUCUUCAAACAUGCCCAAAUAUCCUGCUAGAGGAGUUAAACGAUGUGGAGUACAAAUUCCAGUUUGCCUAUUUUAGAAUGGGAGUUCAACAAAGAGAAAUAGUGAAAGCGGGUUAUUUCCAAGCAUCACUGGCUGAGAUAAAAAACCGGGUCAUUUUCUUGGAGCGCUUGGGACUCUAUCAAACUCCUGAUAAGAAAGGACAGACCCAGGUUGUCAACCCCAAACUGAAAGGCAUCAUCAGAGCCUCUGAAAGUGACUUUGUGGCCAGAAUAGCCUGCUCCACAGUUGAGGAGUAUAAGGUCUUUAAGGAACUGUUGGCCCGUGAAGAAGAGCAGAGGUGGAAGGAAGAGGUGGCAAUGAAAAGUGAACUCUCAGAUUUGGAGAGUGAUGGAGAAGAUUCUGAUCCAGAAUAACAACAUGAAAUUAAAAAUCUGAAUGUCUGUUGCUGAUGGAAUCAACUCAAGUCUCCAAUUGACUUUUUGGGGGAAUUAAAGUGUAUCAUCUGUAUAACAUAGAUAUGAGAAGCGGAAGGUGGUUAAUAUGGGUUCCAAAGAAGUUCAAGUUUGGAGUUAAUAACUGGUUCUGAUCAACUUAGGGGAGAUAUAAAGAUAAUGAAACCCAGAA